GCACGUGUCUUCGACUUAAUUACAUUAGUUUUGACUCGAGGUUGGUUCAUAUUUUUUGGAAGAUAUUAUCCACGAGUAUCUGAAAACCAUGAAAAUGGGGAUUGGAAUAAGAAACUUCCACCAUAAAUUCCACCAUACGAAUAUAAAGAGUAUGAAUUUACGAGUUGAAAAUGAGAAUGGAGAUGAGUUUAGCAAAACCCGCCCCAAAUCCACUCAUUGCCUUCUCUAGUUGUAGCUAGGGUGGCCUCUUCUCCUUGAAUUCUUGGUAAUGAAAUUAGGACCAAUUCAUAGCAAGCAACAACAAGACUGCACAAAAUCUGGCAAAUGGAUCGAGGAGAGAAGAAACCCAAUGAACCACUUGCUCUGCCUCUCUCUCUCUCUCUCUCUCUCUCUCAGCCCCUGUUUCCGGCCGUCCAAAUUCCGGCAGGGUUCUAAUCAAUCUUCUUGUUUACCAUUUCCAGCCAUGCGCCAGUUCGAACCUUCCCAAAUCCCAAAGACCCUUAUCUACAUAAUAAUAUUCAAUCAAAUCAAUACAGUUGACUUCUUCCCUCUCUCUCCCCUGCAAAUUAAAACCCUUCCCCUGCUUUUCUUCUUCACUAUCCUCGCAAAAAUUCCUCCGAACCACCAUUCCAAUGUCAAUCCUUCCCCUCUCCUUCUCCCUCUUCCUAAUACUCUUCCCCUCCGUCUGCCUCGCCGAUAUCGGCACCGCCGCGUGGUACGCCCCGCCGUAUUCCCCGACGGCGUGUUCCGGCAGCGACGCGUCUCAGUUCCCGUCGAGCUACCUGUUCGCGGCGGCAGGGGAAGGGAUAUGGGACAAUGGGGCGGCCUGCGGGAGGCAGUACAAGCUGCGGUGUCUCAGCGCGGUGGCCGCCGGGUCGUGCAAUCCCGACCAGACGAUCGAGGUCAAGAUCGUGGAUUACGGCCGGAGCUUGGUGUCUCCCGGGUCGGUGGCGGGGACCACCAUCGUGCUGUCGCAGACGGCGUUCGAGAUCGUCGCGAAUUGGACCGCUAGCCGGAGUAUCAACAUUGAGAUCCAACAGGUCUGAAUUAUGGAGAACAGUAAUGGAGAUGGAGUGGGUCUACUAACUUUCCUCGAGGAUUCCGAAAUCGCGGAAAAGGAAACCAUGUCCUGGAUUGUCCGGCGAUAACUAUGAGGAAAGUUUAGAACACAAAUGAGAAAUCCAUUAGCAUCAGCUUUCUUGGAUAUGAAAUUCUUUCAUUUGGUGUAUAGCUAACAAUUCCAAAUCAAUAAGACAAAUGACUUUUUUGGCAUGGAGUAGAAUUCCAUGUCAUGAACGAGUUAGUCCCAAUAAGUCGAGUUGUUUGAAUAAGGUUAUAUUGGAUCUUAUAUCAUAUUCUAACGCGCUCUCUCAAACAAAAGCCAACUCAUGGGCUUGAAGUUUGAACAACUCAACCAACAGUAUGCUUUACUCAACUUUUAAUAUUGGGGUUCGUGGAGAGUUGAACAAACGAUCACUUGGUCAAACCAGCUCUCAUACCAUGUAAAGAACCAGUUGAUCCCAAUAACUCGAAUUAUUGGGAGAGGUGAUGUUGGAUCUUAUACCACACUCUAACAUUCACAACAACAAGUAGAAUUUCAGACAACGUAAACUAUUAGAGAACUAGCCAACUGAAUUACGGAGGGAAAAUCUAGAAUUAUGAGGAUUAGGGGACAAAAAUAAUGAUAAAUUUUCUAUAAUGUCGUGAAGAAGAAGGGUUGAUAAAUGAAUCGUGGAACUCCUGUUACAAAAUUGAUAUAGUUCAAAUUGAUUUUUAGUAUAAUAAAAUGAAGAUGAACAUAGCAUGGUUAUUUAAAAUGUGAUCUUUCUCUAGCGCUGUUUAAAAUAAAACUAUCUAUUAGCUCUUUAAUUUUCAUAGUCUCCACGAGAUCAUUUUCGGUCGUUGUCAUAACUGAUCCAUUAAAACUUUUUUCUGUUAUUUUUUUUAAAACAAAUAGGACUUUCGACUCCCAAACACGACUUUAAAAAACAUUAUACGUGUCUCGUAUAUGUAUAUAUGAGAAUAUUGACCAAUACGUCGUACUAAUAUUGAUUAAUGUAAUUGAAGUCAUCAUAAAACUCACAAUCAAUUAAUCAUAUACCAGUACACCAUAAAUACAAUCUAUAAUAUACGAUUAAAUUAACUAAUGGACCUAAGUGGGCGUCUCCUAACAUGUGUAUUUUACGUAACAUUUAUAAAAUGUCAAUGAGUGAUGACAUGCACUGUCGGUACCACUAUAUAGGUAAUCAACGGUCUAAAUUGAU